AUGGAUACCUUAACCUGGUCAGCUCAGCUGGCCGUUGCACCUCCGCGACACACUUCUCGUCUUCCUGGUGACAAAAUCAAUCUUCCGCAGUCCGCAUUGGAACAACUCUUAGCGGCUGCCCCUCUGCAAGCGGUGGCGCCGAACUCGCGAGUUCACACCCCGUCCUUUGACCCUUUCAAUCCUCACACCUUCGCCGCUGAGGCUCGCGCACGCCAACAAAUAGAGCAACAUCAGCAGCAGCUUCCGCAUCCCCUCACGUUCCGCGUCGUAAACCCCGAGAAUGGUCGGUUCGUCUAUGCUGGGAUCCGCGAGUUCUCUGCAGCGGAGAAUGAAGUGGCGCUGAGCGCUCUGCUGCGGGAGUCGCUGGGAAUCCAAGAUGACGAUUUUUCGUUGGGGAAAAACGGCGAGACGCACAUUUCGGAGAUAGACGGUCCUGAAGGGCAGUCAACACGGACUGGGCCUGCGGUCACAAUACAUGCAAAGCAGCUUCCCAAAGGCACAUAUGUGCGCCUUCGUCCGCUCGAGGCUGGCUAUGACCCCGAGGACUGGAAACCCUUGCUAGAGCGCCACAUGAGAGAUAAUUUCACAACCCUGACAGUCGGUGAGCUGCUGACGGUUCCUGGCACCCACAACGAGUCUUUCCGGUUCCUCCUUGAUAAAGUUUAUCCUGAAGGUGAGGGGAUUUGCGUCGUGGAUACCGACUUGGAAGUCGAUAUUGUGGCGCUAUCGGAGGAGCAAGCACGAGAGACGUUGCAAAAAAGGCUGGAACGAGCAGCGCGUGCACCGGGCACUGCGAGUGGCAGCUCCGUUGGUGGGGUGCUGGCCCUAGGAGAAGAUGUUACAGCCCAGGUCUUGCCCGGGGAGUACGUCGACUAUGAGAUUCGGGACUGGAAUCGGGAUGAUACCCUUCAGGUCGAGCUCACAACAGACAAUCCCUCGAUGUGUUUAUUCGCAAGCCCGCUUGGCGCUCGCCAAAGAGGCCGUCCUCGGGAGGACAUGCAUGUCUGGGGAGACUUUUCGGAUGAGACGUCCAAGAGAGUCAAGAUUUGUCCUACAAAUGUGGCUCUUGAAGGGGCCGAGGCCCUCUAUAUCUCGGUCUAUGCUGUAACGUCCCACAUUGAAGUGCUAUCACAGCAGCUGCCGGUGAAAUAUCAUUUGCGGGUGACUGCGAACGACUCCAAAGAGGAACAAGAUGAUUUGGUAGAGGCUCAUCAGCCCGGGGACGUGAUGUGCCCAAAUUGUCACCAAUGGGUACCAGAGCGAACAUUAAUGCUUCACGAAAACUUUUGUCUUCGUAAUAAUGUGCUCUGCAAUCAAUGCCAAACCGUUUUUCAGAAGACGUCAUCUGAGUGGGAGAAGCACUGGCAUUGUCCCCUCGACUCAUCUCGUGGCAACGAUGCAUCCAGUAAACUCAAGCACGACUCCAUAUUUCACAAGAAUUACGACUGCACUGAUUGCGGCCUUCAGUUCAAGGGCCUUCCUUCCCUUGCACAGCACCGGACUACCGAGUGCCCAGGGAAGUUGAUUCUCUGUCAGUUCUGCCAUCUUCUCGUCCCACAGAAAGGCGAAUCUGAUCCGGAUUUCCUUGACCCCGAGGUCAUGCUCUCCGGUCUCUCGCCGCACGAAUUGGUAGACGGCGGCCGCACGACCGAGUGUCAUCUGUGUGAAAAGAUCAUCCGACUGCGAGAUAUGAACACCCAUCUCCGCCAUCAUGACCUGGAGCGCGUCUCACGCCCGCCUCCCCGAAUAUGCUUGAAUCAAAACUGUGGCCGCACGCUCGGCAGCACAGGUAACGACUCUCUGGGACUGUGCAACAUCUGUUUCGGUCCGUUGUACGUGGACACCUACGACCCUGAUGGCAAAGCACUCCGCCGCCGGAUCGAACGUCGAUAUCUUUCACAAAUGAUGACAGGAUGUGGAAAGCCUUGGUGUCGAAACGAGUAUUGCAAAACAGGAAAACAGAAGGUUCAUCCCGAUGCUGCCACUCCCGCAGCCAUGAGCGUGGCCGAUAUCACGAAAUUGACUCGGCCGCUUGCCGAGGGUGUCAACGUCCAGCCCGAGGCUUCAAACACCGCACCUUUCUAUUUCUGCACUGAUGAAACGGGCCAGCACCGCCGCAAACUCGCCGAAAUGAUCUUCGCAGAAGGACCUACGGCUGGAGGCAAGGUAUAUGACCUGGAAUGGUGUGUGGCGGGUGCUGAAGCAGCUGGAAGCGAUUUGGACAAAACGCGAGAAUGGCUCUCUAGGUGGGCACCGGCGCGGGAGAGACGUCUCGAUGAUCGAGACAUCCAUUGGGGGAACCUUUUUACCGCAUGCAUACAAGAUCUACGGGGAAACUAG